AAUAAAAAAGAGAACCCAUCAAAUUACUUAGUACUUCAAACAAUAAUAAAUAAGCAAGAGAACUUUUUUCUUCUUUUAAACACAAAUAACCCUUCUCUCCUAAAUCCCAUAGCCAAAAUGGAAGGAGGACUCACGAUGGCACUAUGUUUGAUCACUCUCCUCUUCACCAUCUUCACUCUCUUCAAGCUCCUCCUUCAAUGGAAAAACCAAUCUUGUUGCUACAUGCUAGCCUACCAAUGCUACAAACCCAUCGACCCAACCCGAAAACUCAACACAGAUUCUUGCGUAAAAAUCGUCCUCCGCAACAAAAACCUCGGCCUCGACGAAUACCGAUUUCUCCUCAAAACAAUCGUCAGCUCUGGCAUUGGCGAACACACCUAUGCCCCCAAAAACGUCCUUGAAGGCCACGAAGAAAACCCCACAUUGAAUGAGGCCGUUGCUGAGAUGGAUGACAUCAUUUUCGACACGCUUGACAAACUCUUUGCAAAGACUCUCGUUUCUCCUUCGGACAUCAAAAUCUUGGUCGUAAGCGUGUCGUUGUUUUCGCCUUCUCCUUGUUUGACGUCUAGGAUUGUUAACCGUUACAAGAUGAGGGAAGAUAUUAAGGCCUUUAAUCUAUCCGGAAUGGGAUGCAGUGCAAGCAUUGUAGCCAUCGAUUUGGUUAAUAAUUUGUUUAAGUGUUAUGAUAAUUCUUAUGCCAUUGUUGUUGCUACUGAAUCUAUGGGACCUAACUGGUAUGUUGGGAAGGAAAAACAAAUGGUUCUUUCAAAUUGUUUAUUUCGUUCGGGUGGUUGUUCUAUGCUUUUCACGAAUAAAAGAGAGUUGAAACAUCAAGCCAUGUUGAAGCUCAACUGUUUGGUUCGAACACAUCUCGGUGCAAAUGAUGAAGCUUACCAAUGUUGUAUUCAGGUUGAAGAUGAUAGUGGGUAUCGUGGGUUUAGGCUAACAAAGAACCUCCCAAAAGCAGCUUCAAAAAUAUUUGCAAUGAAUUUAAGGGUUUUGGUGCCAAAGAUUUUGCCAUGGAGAGAGUUGUUUCGUUAUGUCAUAGCUAAUUCUUUUAUUCGAAAGAACAAACUACCAAAAGGAGCCAUGGGAGCAAAGGGUGGUCUACGUCAAGGUCCAAUUAUAGGUUUGAAUCUUAAGACGGGUGUCGAUCACUUCUGCAUUCACCCUGGCGGGAGGGCCGUUAUUGACAGCGUCGGGAAGAGCUUGGGCCUCAACGCUUACGAUCUCGAGCCAGCUCGAAUGGCGCUGCAUCGAUUCGGAAACACUUCAUCUGCAGUGACGUGAUCCAUCGAUAUUGUUUGCAAAGGAUUUUGGUACGUGUUUGGAUACAUGGAAGCAAAGAAGAGGUUGAAGAAAGGGGAGAGAAUAUUAAUGAUAAGCUUUGGAGCAGGAUUCAAGUGUAAUAAUUGUGCAUGGGAAGUGGUAAGAGAUUUGGAAGAUGAAAAUGUAUGGAAGGAUUGUAUUGAUUCUUACCCUCCUCAAUGCUUGACCAAUCCUUUCAUGGAGAAGUAUAGUUGGAUCUAUGAUGAAUCUUUGAACUUCAUUAGGAAUAAAGAUUUUAAUUUUAUAAAAAACAACUAAUCUCUACCAACUAAUUAAACUAAGCUUUAAUCCAUUAUUGCAUUAUUAUUGUUUUUUUUAAUCUUCUCUUAUGUAUGAUGUUGUAUUUUCUAUUUGGGUUAUUGAAUUUGAAUAAAUAAACUUAAUUGAUUGUGAUU